AUGGCCCCGAAUGAAGCCAGUCAGCACAUAGGGAUUAUUAAAUUGCUUAAGCAUUUUGGUUGGAUGUGGGUUGGGCUAAUUGCUGUGGACGAUGACAGUGGGGACCAUUUUCUAGAAGCCUUGGAGCCCUUGCUUUCUAAGGAAAAGAUCUGUUCAGCCUUCACACAAAGAAUGCCACAAAAACAACGUCUCGAGAACACCUGGAAUGCAAUUGCCAGACUGAUUUCAGAGUUUCACAAACAAUUCACAGAGAGCAAAGCCAAUACAUUUCUACUCUAUGGAGACACUUUAACCCUUCAAUGGCUGAACAAUUUAAUACCUGUAGAAGAUUCUAAUGAUAUGGAAAGCAUGACUUUUGGAAAGGUGUGGAUUAUGACAGCCCAGAUAGAGUUUGCAUUAAUGGAAGUACAACAUGGUUCAAAUAUGGAAGCUUUCCAAGGUGCCUUAUCCUUCAUGAUUCACACAAAUGAGCUUCCAGAGUUUGAGAAAUUCCUUCAUAUAAUAAAACCUUCAUUGGCACAAGGAGAUGGAUUUAGCAAGUACUUCUGGGGGAAGGCAUUCAAAUGUAAAGUUCCAAAUUCCAAUGGCUUAACAAGUGGUAGCAGAACCUGCACUGGGCUGGAGGAGCUAGAAAGCCUUCCUUCAGCUGUUUUUGAAAUGCGCACAAGUGGCCACAGCUACAGUAUCUACAAUGCUGUCUAUGUUGUGGCACAUGCUCUGCAUGCCAUGCACUCCUCUGGACUGAAACACAGAGGAACAGUGGGAAGUAAAAGACUCAAACUGCUCAAUUUCAAGCCAUGGAAGCUCCACUCAUUUCUUCAAGGCCUUUCAUUCAACAACUCAGUGGGAGAAACAGUAUCCUUCAAUGAUAAGAGGGAGAUUGAAGGUGGAUUUGACAUCACAAACAUGGUCACAUUCCCAAACAACUCCUUCCAGAGAGUGAAAGUUGGAAGAGUGGAUCCCAGUGCUCUUGAAGGAAGAAAAUACAUCAUUAAUGAAGAUGUGAUUUUGUGGCACAGACAUUUUAAGCAGGUCCUGCCCGUUUCUUUGUGUAAUGACUUCUGCAACCCUGGUUAUCACAAGAAAAAUAAGGAAGGGGUGAAAUUUUGCUGCUAUGAGUGUUCUCCAUGUCCUGAAGGGAAGAUUUCAAACCAGAAAGAUAUGGAUGAUUGUUUCAAAUGCCCAGAAGACCAAUAUCCAAACAAGGACAGAGAUCGAUGUGUUCCCAAAAUUAUAAGCUUUCUAUCUUUCCAAGAACCUUUAGGGAUCAGCUUGGUUUCAGUGAACAUUUUUUUGUCCCUUGUUACACUUUUGGUGCUUAGAACAUUUAUUAAGCACAAACAUACACCCUUAGUCAAAGCCAACAACCGGGACCUCACCUACACUCUCCUCAUCUCCCUCCUGCUCUGCUUCCUCUCUUCUUUGCUCUUCCUUGGACGACCUAAGAAGGUGACCUGCUUUCUCCGGCAACCUGCGUUUGGCAUCAUCUUCUCUCUGGCUGUUUCUUGUGUGUUGGCCAAAACCAUCACAGUGGUGGUAGCUUUCAUGGCCAUCAAACCAGGUUCCAGGAUGAGGAAAUGGCUGGGGAAAAGACUGGCCAACUCCACCGUCUUGUCUUCCACACUCAUUCAAACUGGCAUUUGUGUAGUUUGGCUAGGGACUUCUCCCCCAUUUCCAGAUGUUGACAUGCAGUCACUAACCAAAGAGCUCAUAGCAGAAUGUAAUGAAGGAUCUGUCACAAUGUUUUAUCUAGUUCUGGGCUAUAUGGGACUUUUGUCCAUCAUCAGCUUCACGGUGGCUUUCCUUGCCAGGAAGUUGCCAGACACUUUUAACGAAGCCAAGUUUAUCACUUUCAGCAUGUUGAUGUUUUGUAGUGUUUGGUUGUCUUUUGUUCCCACCUACCUGAGCACCAAGGGGAAGUACAUGGUGGCUGUGGAGGUCUUCUCUAUCUUAGCCUCCAGUGCUGGGUUACUGUUAUGUAUCUUUUCCCCCAAAUGCUAUAUUAUUGUGAUGAAGCCUCACCUGAACAACGAGCAAGUUCUAAGGAGAAAGAAUUUUAGAAAUUAA